AUGGGCGUUGGAACACAACCGUCCAGGCUCAGACGACUCCCCAGCGACAGGUCAGAUAUUUGUGGGGGGCGUCACCGCUUCCUCAGCUCCGUGUCCACGUGUUGCCAAAAACUGUGCUGCAAGGGUCCCCCUACUCCUAGACCGGAGUUCGACGUGGUCUGCAUCGGACUUAGCGGCGCCGGCAAGAGCAGUCUGAUUUCCGGCCUCUGCAACGAAGGAACCGAAGGCAUCGUACCCACCCAAGGUUUUCGCAUCAAGGCGGUACCUUUCCCGAAUGCGGUGCUGAAUGUGAAGGAACUUGGAGGGGCAGACAGUAUCAAGAAGUACUGGAGCCGCUACUACCAGGGCUCCCAGGGGGUGAUAUUCGUCCUCAACAGCACCAUUUCGGACGAGGAGAUGACGCUCUGCCGAUCUGAGCUCCAGCAGGCCCUGCAGCAUCCCCAGCUUUGCACGCUCCCCGUUCUCAUCCUUGCCAACCACCAGGACUCGCCGGCCGCCCGCUCCGUCCCCGAGAUAAAGAAGUAUUUUGAAUCUGAGCCCACGCCGACAGGGAAGAGAUGGAUCCUCGAAGGCAGCUCGAUAAACAACGUGGAGCUGAUCAGGCAGAGCGUCGGACGGCUGAUCGGGCUUUUGGAACAGAAGGAGCUACGACCUGACAGAAUAUAAUUUAAGACAUGAAAGAAGAUCAGCCAGACAAAAUAAAAGUUCUUUAUUUGCAUUUAGGAAGAUUUGUUUUGGCCCCAGGAGUAGCAGGAGUUGUUUAUUUUUACCUCUUACUUAAAAUAGCUUUUAUCACUGAAGAAGGAAAACAGAAACG